GCCGGAGACGUGAAGGUCCUUCACCGGUCGGUUUGUUGUGGAAGUGGCACCUUCCUCCGUCCUUCAGCAGGAAAAUGUACUACAAAUUCAGCGGUUUCACCCAGAAAUUGACGGGCACGGCUCCCACGGUGGCCUACAGCCCCCAGGGGCUGAAGCAAGGCUUGCCUGCAGAGUCUCCGACUAUGAUCUUCUCCACACCCACCAAGAUGGUGUCAGAAGCAGGGUCCACAGUGGAGUACCUGGGAGCGAACAAAGUCCCUGACCUCCAGAAGUUUUACCAGAAAUCAGACGGCGUCCCAGUCCAUCUAAAGCGAGGAUAUCCCGACCGACUACUGUACCGCACCACCAUGGCGCUCACAGUGGGAGGCGUGGUCUACUGCCUGGUGGCGCUCUACAUCGCAGCUCAGCCCAACAGGAAGUGACAGCCACCAGCCCGCCAUGUUCCUGUGUAACACCACUGACUUGUUGCUGCUGCAGCCAUCCAAACAUUCACAGCCUCGGUGGUCUCACUUCACCAGACCACCUCUUUGGGACCCCCGUUUAAAUGAGAAAUGUCCCCUCUGCACGCCGGUUGUCGACGGACAGGAGGAGCUUUAUCACCCUCAGGUGUAACUGCCAUCAAACAUAAGAAAAUCCAAUGAAUAUGGCUUCUAUAUAUAUAUAUAUA